AAACUUUUCAAUCUCCUGUCGAUCAGCAGCCUGUGGAGUGAGCCCUGUACAAGGUGUCUGGAACUGGAUUACAGUUUCUUCUGAUGAACGCCGUCUUUGAAUGCUGCCUGGCCUAUCGCAAAUACAUCCCUGCCUUGGACAAGACACAGCUGAAUCUGUAAGAGAUGCUACUGCCACUACCACCCCAGAGCUCCAAACCUGAGCCUACGAAAUCUCAGUCCAGCAAAAUUGUGCCCAGUCAUCAUGACCAGUCUGAAAAGACAGGGGAGAAUUGCCAAACAAAGAAAUCUCCGUCUUCACUUCAGGAGUCUCCAUCUUCACUUCAGGGAGCACUCAAAAAGAGAUCAGCUUUUGAAGAUCUCACUAAUGCUUCUCAAUGUCAACCUGUCCAGCCCAAGAAAGAAGCCAAUAAAGAGUUUGUAAAAGAUGUUUCUAAGAAGAUAAACAGGAGCACACGUGCUCUUGGAUUGGCCAAAAAGAAUAAGCAGAAUCUAAAAUGGCAUGAGCUGGAAGUCACACCAGUAGUAGCCUCUACUACCGUGGUACCAAACAUUAUGGAGAAAGCACUCAUUCCAGACAUAUCCAACACCUCCAAAACACCCAACACUGAGGAGGCAUCUCUCUUCAGAAAGCCAUUAGUUUUAAAAGAGGAACCCACUAUUGAGGAUAAAGCCCUUAUCAAUAAGUCAUUAUCUUUAAAGAAGUGCUCAAAUCAUGGGGAGUUGUCCCUAUUGGAAAAGCCACAGCCCCUGCAGGAGGAGAGUGGCAGUGAUGAUGAGUUUGUUGUAGAGCCAAUGACUUUUAAGAAGACACAUAAAACUGAGGAGGCAGCCAUCACCAAGAAGACAUUAUCCUUAAAGAAGAAGAUGUGUGCAAGUCAGGGGAAGCAGUCCUGCCAGGAAGAGUUGUUGGCUUUGCAGGAUGUCAAUACUGAAGAGGAUUUCUUCCUUAUGGAGUCAAUGAGUUUUAAGAAGAAGUCUAAAACUGAGGAGUCAAUCCCAAUCCAUAAGCUAUCAUCUUUAAAGAAGAAAUGUACCAUUUAUGGGAAGAUGUGCCACUUUAAGAAGCCACCAGUAUUGCAGACAACCAUCUCCGGAGCGAUGUCCUCCAUUAAGAAGCCAUUGUCCUUUAAGAAGAAGCCUACCACUGAGAAGGCGACCCUUUUCCAAGAGCUAUCUGUAUUUCAAGAGAAGCACACCACUGAGCAUGAGAUAUCCAUCUUGAAGAAAUCAUUGACCUUGCAGAAGACCAACUUUAAAGAGGAUUCCCUUGUUAAGGAGCCAUUAGCCUUUAAGAAGAAGCCUAGCACUGAGGAGGCAAUCAUGAUGCCAUUAAUAUUAAAGGAGCAGCGCAUGACUGAGGGGAAGAGGUCCUGCCUAAAGCCAUUAAUAUUGCAGGUGAUCACCUCUGGAGAGAAGUCGCUCAUUACAAAGCCAUUGUCCAUUAAAGAAAAGCCAUCUACUGAGAAGGAGUCCUUUUCCGAGGAACCAUCUGCAAUGCAAGAGAAGCAUAUCACUCAGGAGGAAGUUUCCAUCUUAAAGGAGUCCUCAUCCUUGCUAAAGUCUCCAACCGAAGAGUCACUUUUUGAUGAGACUUUGACUUUUACAAAGAAGUGUACCAUUGAGGAGGCACCCUCCACCAAGAAGCCUUUAAUUUUAAAGAGGAAGCACACCACUCAGGGGACAAUGUCCCACUUGAAGAAACCACUAGUAUUACAGACCACCUCUGGAGAGAAGUCACUUAUUAAGGAGCCACUGUCCUUUAAAGAAGAAAAAGUGUCUUUAAAGAAAAAGUGUACCAUACAAGCGAUGAUGUCCAUCUGUCCAGAACUGUUGGACUUUCAGGAUAUGAUUGGUGAAGAUAAGAAUUCUUUCUUUAUGGAGCCAGUGUCAUUUAGGAAGAACCCUACAACUGAGGAGACAGUACUUACCAAGACAUCAUUGUCUGUACGGAAAAAGAAAAUUACUCAGGGGAAGAUGUCCCACUUAAAGAAGCCACUGGUCUUACAGAAGAUCAUUUCCAAGGAGGAGUCACUCUAUAAGAAGCUGUUGCCCUUUACGAUGAAAUCUACAACUGAAGAAAAGUUCCUCGUCCAGGAACCAUCUGCAUUGAAAGAGAAGCACACCACCUUGCAGGAAGUGUCCCUCUCAAAAGAGUCAUUGGCCAUCCAGGAGAAGACUACCACUGAGGAGGAAUUCUCUCAGGAACUAUUUUCAUUGCAUGUUAAGCAUACCGACAAAAGUGAGUCCCUCUUCCAGAAGGCUUUGGUCUUGCAAGAGAAGACUGAUACCAAAGAGGAUUCCUUGAAGAAGCUGUUGGCCUUGCAGGAGAAAAGCGCCAUGGAAGAAGAGUCCUUUAUCAAUAAGCUAUUGGUUCUGAAGAAGGAGCUUUCUGCUGAGGCAGCCACAAACAUAGAGAUGCAAUUGUCUUUAAAGAAGCAGUCCACUGCUCAGGGAGAAGUGUUCCUCCUGAAGAAGCAGUUGGCUUUGAAUGAGAACAUCAGUGAAGAGGAGUUCCUUAUUAAGCAGCCACUGGCCUUGGAGGGAUAUCCCAGCAUUGAGGAGGGGGAGACCCUCUUCAAGAAGCUUUUGGCCAUGCAAGAGGAGCCCAGCAUUGAGAAGGAGGCUGUCCUCAAGGAGCCCACUGUUGACAAAGAAGCUCACUUUAAGGAAACUUUGACCUUGCAGGAGAAGCCCAGCAUUGAGCAGGAGACCCGCCUCAAAAAGCCAUUAGCCUUGCAGAUGUCUGCCAUCAAUGAGGCAUUCCUCUUAGAAGAUAUGAUAGCUCUGAAUGAGAAACCCACCACUAGGAAGGAGUUGUCCUUCAAGGAGCCAUUAGCCUUACAAGAGAGUCCCACCUACAAGGAAGACACCUUUCUCAAAACAUUCUUGAUUCCCCAAGUUGGAACCAGCCCAAAUGUGUCUGGCACUGCCCCUGAAUCCAUAACAGGCAAGUCCAGCAUUGCUACCGUGACCAGCGUGGGCAAAUCUGGUACCAUCAACGAGGCAUUCCUCUUCGAAGAUAUGAUAACUCUGAAUGAAAAACCCACCACUGAGAAGGAAUUGUCCUUCAAGGAGCCAUUGGCCUUACAAAAGAGUCCCACCUGCAAGGAAGACACCUUUCUGGAAACAUUCUUGAUCCCCCAAGUUGGAACCAGCCCAUAUGUGUCUAGCACCACCCCUGAAUCCAUAACAGGCAAGUCCAGCAUUGCUACCAUGACCAGCGUGGGCAAGUCCAGUACCACCACCGAGUCCAGUGCAUGUGAAUUUGCUUCUGAUAAACCUUUCUCACCACAGGCCAAGGGACCACCAAAGGAAAUAACGUCAUGGGAAGAUAUUGACGAGGACAGCAGUGAUCCAAGUUUCAACCCAAUAUAUGCCAGGGAAAUCUUCAGUUACAUGAAAGAGAGAGAGGAACAGUUUAUACUUACAGAUUACACGAACGAGCAGAUUGAAAUCACCAGUGACAUGAGGGCCAUUCUUGUGGACUGGUUGGUGGAGGUGCAGGUGUCCUUUGAGAUGACCCAUGAGACCCUGUACUUGGCAGUGAAGCUGGUGGAUCUCUACCUAAUGAAGGCAGUAUGCAAGAAGGAUAAGUUACAACUCCUUGGUGCCGCUGCCUUUAUGAUUGCAGCAAAAUUUGAGGUGAGCCUGAGUCCCUAUGGCCUGGAGAACUAA